AACCCGGAAGUAGCAUUAUGCUCUUGCUAGCCUAGCAUGCUAGCUAAUUCCGUAUGCGACUUGAAAACAUGAGCGCUGUGAGUCACAGUCUUCAGUGACAGCGCUCCUUUGGAGUCUGCUUUUAUUUUUUUAAAGGGGGAAUCACUUGAAGACGUCCUAUAAAUCUUCCUGGUCCGCCUUCGACAUGGAGUCCAUGCUGAACAAGCUGAAAAGCACGGUGACGAAAGUGACGGCCGACGUCACCAGCGCCGUCAUGGGCAACCCCGUGACGCGGGAGUUUGAGGUGGGCCGACACAUUGCCAGCGGCGGUCCAGGUAUGUGCUGGAGGAUCUACAACGGCACAAAGAAGUCCACCAAACAGGAAGUGGCUGUGUUUGUGUUUGACAAGAAGAUGAUCGACAAGUACCAGAAAUUCGACAAGGACCAAAUUAUCGACUCCCUGAAGCGAGGGGUACAACAGCUGACGAGGCUGCGGCACCCCCGUCUCCUGACGGUGCAACAUCCUCUGGAAGAGUCAAGAGACUGUCUGGCCUUCUGCACGGAGCCCGUUUUCGCCAGUUUGUCCAACGUGCUUGGCCAGUGGGACAACCUGCCCAGCCCGGUGCCCAAUGACAUCAAGGAGUAUAAGCUGUAUGACGUGGAGACAAAGUACGGCCUGCUACAGAUCUCGGAGGGUUUGUCCUUCCUGCACAGCGGAGUCAAAAUGGUCCACGGCAACUUGUGCCCAGAGAAUGUUAUCCUCAAUAAGAGCGGCUCGUGGAAGAUAAUGGGUUUUGAUUUCAGUAUUUCAACAAGCAACCCAUCUGACGCGGAGCCCAAGUACUCCUGCAAGGAAUGGGAGCCCAACCUCCCACCGCUCUGCCUCCCCAACCCCGAGUACCUGGCCCCGGAGUACAUCCUGUCAGUCAGCUGUGACACGGCCUCCGACAUGUACUCACUGGGCGUGGUCGUGCACGCCGUCUUCAAUGAGGGCAAGCCUGUUUUCCAAGUCAACAAGCAUGACAUUUUUAAGAGCUUCAGCAGGCAGCUUGACCAGCUCACCAACAUCAGUCCAGCAUUGCUGAGUAAGGUACCAGAGGAGGUGCGAGACCAUGUUAAAAUGCUGCUCAGCGUCACGCCCAACGUCCGACCAGACGCCGACCAGAUGACAAAGAUCCCGUUUUUCGAUGACGUGGGCGCAGUGACACUCCAGUACUUUGACUCGCUCUUCCAGAGGGACAACCUCCAAAAGUCCCAAUUCUACAAAGGCCUCCCAAAAGUCCUGCCCAAACUCCCCAAGAGGGUGGUGAUCUACCGCAUUCUGCCGUCGCUCACCUCAGAGUUUGUCAACCCGGACAUGGUUCCCUUUGUGCUGCCCAACGUGCUGCUCAUCGCCGAGGAGUGCACCAAGGAGGAGUACGUGCGCCUCAUCUUGCCCGACCUCACGCCCGUCUUCAAGCAGCAGGAGCCUAUCCAGGCUAGUAACAUGAUCCUGCUCAUCUUCCUGCAAAAAAUGGAUCUCCUCUUGACCAAAACGCCACCGGAGGACAUCAAGAACAGCGUGCUGCCGAUGGUUUACAGAGCCCUGGAAGCUCCCUCCGUGCAGAUCCAGGAGCUGUGCCUCAACAUCAUCCCGACGUUCGCCAACCUGAUCGAGUAUCCCUCCAUGAAGAACGCCCUCAUUCCUCGAAUCAAAUCCGCCUGUCUGCAAACCUCCUCGCUCGCCGUGCGUGUGAACUCACUGGUGUGUCUGGGAAAGAUCUUGGAGUACCUCGACAAGUGGUUUGUCAUCGACGAGAUCCUCCCCUUCCUGCAGCAGAUCCCCUCCAGGGAGCCAGCGGUGCUCAUGGGGAUCCUGGGAAUCUACAAGUGCACCUUCAGUCACAAGAAGCUGGGCAUCCCCAAGGAGAAUCUGGCUAGCAAGAGCCUGCCGCACCUUGUGUCGCUCAGCAUCGACAACAACCUCAACCUUAACCAGUUCAACUCCUUCAUGGUGGUCAUCCGAGACAUGCUGAGCCGCAUGGAGGCCGAGCACAAGACCAAGCUGGAGCAGCUGCACAUCAUGCAGGAGCAGCAGAGGAGUCUGAACAUCUCCACCACAGGGAAGCAAACAGAGGAGACCAAGAUCCCUGCGUCCUCUGCAAACCAGAUCGAUGACAUUUUUGGCAGCGCAGGAGGGGUCAACGGGAAGGAGAAUGGAGCGGCGGCGGCGGUGGCCCCACAGCCCAAUAGGAUGUCUCUGACGCUAGAGGAGAAGCAGCGACUGGCAAAGGAACAAGAGCAGGCGGCCAAACUGAGGAGUCAGCAGCCGCUGGCGCCGCAGAGCAUCAAACCGCCCGCCGGGAGCAACUCGCAGACAAAGGAUCUGACCAGCAGUCUCCUAAACAACAUGGCGUCUCUAAACAGUAUGUCAAUGGCCGACAAGCCUCGGCCAUCUUUGGGGCAAGGCGCCCCCGCCUUCCCUGUGGGCGCCAUGGGUGCCCCGGUGUCCAACGGUUUCAAUCCCGGCAUGGGCUUCCACACGGCGGGCAUGGGGAUGAGCAUGCGGCCUCCAGGCCCCAACGUCUACGCCGGGAUGGCCACCACCACCAGCGCCCCCAACUUUGGCGCCCUCGCACACAAUCAAGCACCCGCCGGGCAGAUGAGCAAAGGACCGGACCUGUCUGCUCUAGACAGCCUUUUCACAUCCAACAAACCCAAAGUCACACUCAACCAAAUGGGUCCGAAGGCGGCGCCCGGAAGCCACACCCCUUGGCUCGGCCAGUUUGCUUCGGCCCAGAACGCUCAGACUACAAUGCAAGGAGCUUCGGCAGGCAUGGGCGGGUUCGGCAUGCAAGCUAACCCUUUUUUCAGCCCGCAGAACUUCUCUCAGACUCCCGUGAGCAUGAACCAAAGCGGGCUUAAGCACAGCACAUCUGCCAACAAUGACCUGAAAGACUUAUUCGGCUGAAAGGGAACACGAGGAGCGGGUUCUUGCAAAAGGUGACACCGGUUGAAUGUGAAGAGUUGAAUUGGGAAAAAAAUUCACUCAAGGGUCUUUUGCUGUGUCUAUUUAGGAUCUCGCUCACAUUCUGCACAUUCUUGAUUCCAUUUCUAUUUGACCACAAAGACAAAUUCUUCUUAUAUGCUGUCUUAUAUACAAAGCUGUGGGUUUCCUACUCUUUUUCUACUCGAUGACAUAAAUCACAAAUGAUACUCUAUGAUUCUGACUCGUCUUAUUCCAGCUUUCAGACUAUUAAGAGGACGGUCCGCAUGUCUGGGGUGAGGUAGCCGGACGUGUAGCAUCCAGGAAGUCCCCCUUGGACAAAUCAGGAAGCUCUUUUGACAGGCUAUCUUCAUGGCAACAAUGUCUGCAGCGCCAGUAAUUUUGUUAUUUUAAACAUCAUUCCUGUAUCAUCCGAAGCUUGCAUUCUCUCACUUGUGUUAUAGGAUCCAUUUCAGCUCCUUUUUAUUGCAGUAUGACUGACUCCUGUUACGGAGUGUUCCUCAGAGCGAGAUGCUCAUGCUGAGGGUAACGUACAAGGUGAAACAGUGCGUAGGCUGUUGUGCCUUACAAGGGUCAACUUGUAUUGAUUUGUCAUGCUUUUUUUUUACCAAUGAACAUUUAGCAUUUUUUUUCUUCAAAUAAUUCCUGUUUUACACACACAAACCAGAGUGUACAAUUGCUUACUUUUCACAUUUAAAUGACAAAAUAUUUCAAUUUCUGCACUUUUCAGCAGUCUGAGGAGCUGUGUCGAUGAUAUCAAGAAGUGUAAACAUGCUGUUGAUUUUAAAAAGUGGCCUCUGCGGUUUUAUUUUUGUGUGAUAAGAGUUUUUAAAAAAUAGGAGGCCUUAGAGUGAAUCGUGCAAUAAUAAUGAUUUCUGAUGGGAUUGCACUGACCGACAGCGUCCAUUUAACUGCCUAAUGCAGUUUGCUCACUAUUUAAUCUUGGGUUUUUAAUGAAAAUGCACUGCGGUCAUGUUGUGUUCCUCUGGAUAUGUCAACAUAUGCUACUGCUGUCAUGUUUGUGUUGUGUGAUUCCAUGAUGAUGAUGAUGAUGACCUGAGGAAGGGCCUCAAUCAAAAGAAAAGCGUUACAUAUAAAGUAAAGUACACAGUCAUUACGAUGUGCUCAUUAUUUACGACUAACACCGUGACAUCUGCACACGUGUACAUAGAUGUUUGAAUAUGGAUUUUCUGCAGUCAUAUCACAGUUACAUACCACACAAGUGACAAUCUGCAUCUUUUGAAAAUAUCUGGAAAGCAGAAUAAUGACGAAACUAACAAUAAACGAUAAAAAGAUA